CAGAAAUCUGAGAGACGUACUGAAGCAUCAUGGGUCACAAUGAGCUCCGUCUUUUGCUGUUUCUGAGCGCCGUCGCCUUGUCAAACGCGCAGGAUGAAGGACCGUCAUGCUUGAUGGCCAAAAGAUACAAAGCCUUCAACAAGUAUGACUACUUCUAUCAGACCGAGUCCUUGAAUGCUUUGAAUGAGGCGGUCAAUGGCCCAGAGGCCAGCUGUAAGGUUGAGAUUGCAGUUCCUGGUACCUGCAGUUAUAUCUUGCGCACCACCGAAUGCAAGCUGAGAGAAGCGACUGGCGUCACUGCAGACGGAAACCCAGUGUUUGGAGCUUCUGCUGGCACCGAGGACUUCAAAACCGCCAUGGAGAAACAUCCUCUGAAGUUCACCGUUGAGGGAGAUGAUCAAAUCAAGCUUUUCCCUGAGGAGGGGGAGCUAAUAAACAUCCUCAAUAUAAAGAGGGGAAUCAUCUCGGCUCUUGCUGUCCCUGUGCUCGAGGAGGACGGGAACAAAGAGAUGCCCACCAUCUAUGGCCUGUGUGAGACUGACUACGUCGUGAAAACCAGAGAAGACAUCGACACUGAAGUCACCCUAAACAGAGACCUGUCCAAAUGUGACAAGUUCAGACCAAUCAAGGACCACACCAGUCCCUUGGCCCUCAUCACCGGCUUGCACCAUUCUCUUGCUCAACUGAUGUGGAGCAACCAGACCUGCAACUACAAGUUUGAUAAUGAGCAGCACCACAUGACCUCUGGAAGUUGCACUGAAAAACAUUUCCUUGUUCCUUUCUCAUACAAGGGAAGAAAUGGAGUGACCAAUACUGGUAAACAGGCCUUGAAUCUUGUAGGAGUUGCUGAGUACAAUGACAAAGUCUUUGAACACAAUGUGGCCAAUAUGAAACCCCUCCAUCUUGACCGCAGUGUUGACAUGAGCCCCAUCCAGGAUAAAGACGCUGCUCUUGCUGUUCUGAGGGAACUUUCGAGCCUUUCCAAGACCAACGAUGGACGCAAGAGAGCCCACUUGGCCCACAAGCUUAUAGCUAUGAUCCGCAAGAUGGAAGCUGAAACCUUGACAGCCAUUGUUCCUGAGGCCCUGGAGAUCUCUCGGUUUUUGACGUACCAGGUUUUGCUACAAUGCGGCACCCCAGAAUGCAACAGUGCUAUCAUGCAGAUUUUCAGGACCUUUGACAGGUCGUCAGUUGAGAUCGACGCUGCCGUGUACGGGAUGGGAAUGAUACCCCAGUCCUCGCGAGUCCUUGUGAAGGAAAUGUUGGCGAUGGCAAAGUUCAAGCCGACCAAGCCCAUAUACUAUGCUCUCAGCCAAGCUGUGAGAAGGCUCUAUGAGACCGAUGGAGUCACCAAUGAGAUCCAAGCAGUGGCUGAUUAUGCCCUUGAACAGAUUGAUGAUUGCACAGGUGACCAGGAACACGUCUUUCUUUCUCUAAGGGUCAUUGGCAACAUGGUGGUUGCAUUGGGAGCUGCACGCCCUGCUUUGCAUUCUGCUGUUAUUCAAUGCAUCAACCAUCCGAUUGCAUCCCCUUCAGUUCAGCAUGCUGCCAUCCAGGUCUACAGACAAAUUACUGUACCUGAGGAGGGUCGUGAGGUGCUCAUGCAUGCUGUUCUAGACAGAGAUGCAUCCGUACAGAAGCGUGUUGCUGCCUACCUGAUCUUGAUGAAGAACCCUACACCUGCUGAACUGGCUCAGUUGGCAGCAGCUGUCCAUGUUGAGGAAAACCAUCAGGCCAAGAGCUUCAUCAUCUCUCAUAUCACCAACAUCUUGAGCUCUACAGCACCAGAGACUCUGGACCUGAGGUGGAAGGUUCGAGAGGCCUUUCAAGGUAAUGAAAUUGGAAUGAUCAUGGAACCCACCAAACUCUCUCGAUACUAUAGACUUGGAUCUUUAGAGGGAAAUAUGAUCUUUGAAUCUCCCAACGAACUGCCAAGGGAGCUUAUGCUGGAGAUGACCUUGAAUGCUUUUGGAUUUGAUAUGGACUUCUUUGAGAUUGGCAUGGAGGGUAAGGGCUUUGAGCCUAUUGUGGAGGCCCUCUUUGGUGAUGAUGGAUUCUUCCCAGACACUGUCAUGAAGACCACUUUAUACGCCACCGACAAUAUGCCCGCCCAACUCAUCGAGGUCUUGGACAACAUGCUGCCAAUCAUGAGGAAUGAAAGGAAAAAGAGACAGGCUAUUCAAAAUAUAGUCAACGAAAUCCGUGAUAAUGUCAACAAGCUUCUUGAAAACUUGAAGGCCCAGGAUAGCCCUGAAGCGAUGGUGUACCUCAGGCUUCUGGGUGCUGAACUUGGCUAUCUCAAUGCAAAAGAUGGCAAGAUGAUUCAUGAUCUCCUUAAGAUGAUCCCCACUGAUUUUGCUAAAAGACUGCUUUCAAGUGUGGACAAUGAGCUUUUCCUUCACUACAUCUUCAUGGAUAAUGAGUUCUUUCUGCCCACCGGCGCUGGCUUUCCAUUGAGAGUUGCUCUGUCUGGUACCUUUACACCUGGAAUCAAAGGAGGAUUGAGCUUUAGUCCAGGCACGAAGGAAUUUGCAUUGACGCUGUCUACUGGCAUUGAGUUUGUGACUGAGAUUGGGACUCACUUCCCAGACUACAUUCUCUCCGGUCUGGAGAUGCACACUAACAUCUAUCAUGAGAGUGGCCUUGGAGCAAAGCUCUCUUUGACCAACAACCAGCUCAAGCUUUCCAUUCCAGUUCCUCGAGAGCCAACUGAGUUAAUCAGUGUGACCAGUUCUCUGGUGUCAGUUGUGGGUGCCAUGAUUUUGCCCAUUAAUGCCACUGGCGAGUAUAUUAAUGCGGAAGUAUGUGCUCCUGUUUUCCCUGGAUGGAAGCACUGUACAGUCCUUAAGUAUCCUGUUGAUGCCGUCCCUUUUCUUCCACUCAAUAGUGAUAUGAGAUUUAGUGUUACACUCUACCCAUCGGUAGAGGUCACCGAGUAUACUGCCACCAUCAGCUACACCCAUGAAGAUGAUUCAGACAAAGUCACUUUGAGAAUAAAGGCUGAAGGAACACCCUUUGAGGCCACAAAUACAGUAAUGUUAAAAAGAAAGCAACACACUGUUUCAUCAGAGUUGCUCAUUGCCCCUCUUCAGCUUUAUUCUAAAGUUUCUGCAAAACUAAAGCACGAUGAGAAGUUGACAUUGGAACUUAAGAGUGACCUAAAACUCCCUGAGACGACUUCUGUUCAAACACUCAUCCUGAAAUUGGAGAACGAGAAGAUUGAGGCUGAAUUAAAGUCUCAUGUCAAUUCUGAGAUUCAAAGAAUCAUUCCCAACAUCAACGCUACUGAAACCAUCGUCGAUAGCUUUAUUGAUGGCCAGAUUGCCCAGAGUGAAAAACAAUUCCGUGAUAUCCUGGCAAAGUCAGCUGCGUAUUUGGGCGUUCCUGCUUUGCCUGUUUUCGCUAUUCCUGAAAGACUGUUCCUGAAUGUAGAGAUUUCUGCUCAUUAUCUCUUUGGCCAUCCUUACUAUACCAUCACUCUUCCCUUGCCCUUGGGUGGAAAAUCCACUAGAGAUCUAAACUUUCCGACAUCUAUCUCCACCCCAAAUCUGAUUAUACCUCAUCUUGAUCUGGAAAUUGAAGCUACUAGCAUUAUUCUUCCAGAGGUCUCCAUUCCUAUGAGUGUGUUGCUGUCUGUGCCGACUCUUAACAUGACAGAAAUGUCCGGAAAACUAAGCAGCAACUUCUACAACUUAGAAACAGCCUUGUCUGUUGCCAGAGAUCCUUCUGCAGACCUACGUUAUUCUGCUAAGUUUGAAGUUACAGGAACAAGUCCUGUUGACCUCCUAUCCAUAAAGGUUGAAGGAUCUGCUCUUGUUGAGCCCACAUCUGCCAAUUCUCUAAUGAAAAACGUAAAAACAGUGGUUCGCCACAAGAUUUUUGAAGCCACCAUCACAGCUGAGGAGAAAGUAAAACUUGCUGAAAAACUCAGUGUGAAAUCCAAAAGCAAGCUUGACGUAAUUAGCCAUUUUGGAGUACAGAUUUCAGUUGAGCAUAGUGGAGCUUUUGAAGUUGAUAAUGAGGAGAUCUCUGGAGAUGGAAACCUGGAAGGAUCCUUCGAAGCUGGUUCAGUCAAUGGUUCUGGAGUCCUUACCCAGUCAGUCUCUCUACUCCCAUCCAGACAAGAAGCAAAGAUUGAUUCUUCAUUGAAAGUAGACUCAACUCUUCUUCAAGCUCGAAACUCCUUUGCUUUAGCUUUUGCUAAUGGAGGACUGAUAAUUCAAUCCAACACUACAGCAUCUGAUGACCAUCUAACAAACACUGCUAAUAUCACCUUCAAGGAAUUUCAGCUUGCUCUAAAUUCUCAUACAAAAACACAAGCUUUUGGCCUGAAGAUCCAAAACAUGGUUGAGACCAGAGCUGGUGCUGAAGCAGUCAGUGCUAAGAUUGAGACCUCUACUGACAUCUCUGAAGAACGUAUCCAUUCCCUGAUUGCAGGAGUAUUUGAUAUCAAUGGUCUAGCGAUUCACAGUGAUGCCUCUGCUAAACUUAUGGGACACGCGGCUGCACACAAAGCCAAUCUGAACCUCAAUAUGGACGGCCUGACCACCAGUGGCACAACCUCACUCCAAAGCGCAUUUACUAUGGAGGAGCUCAAACAGACCUUUGAGAUCAACUAUAAAGAUCUAAAUGUCACUGCUAGGUGCAAAACAAUUGGAAAUAUCAUGGGAACACGCAUUAUCCAAAACACUGACAUAGAGAUGGCUGGACUUUCCGGCAGGAUCAAGAAUCAUCUACGUUUCGACUCCAUGGUGUUACGUGUGGAAACCAAUACUUACGGUACAACUAUUCCAUUCAGUUUUAAAUUUGAUGGCUAUGCUAAUGGUGAUAAUGACAUAUACUUGUAUGGACAUGUUAAUUGUGACUUUAAUGCAAAAGUCCUCCUGGAAGUAGAACCACAAUCAUUUGCUCAUAUUCAUGAAUUCACAAUCUCAACGCUCCUUGACAUAGACAGUGUCAACAUCAAAUCACGUUUUGAGAGCAUGUCUGACACUCUGCUGAUCCCAUCUGAACAAAAGACUAAAGUGACGGUUAAGGCUGGAGUGAACAACCAUGCCAUCAAUCAGCAAAUCAACGGUUACAAUACACCAGCACGUUUUGGCCUGGAAGGGUCUGGAACUGUGCAAACCAAUGUGUUAAACACCGCCAAUACUGCUUACCAGGACUUCAGAGUCUCUGGCUCGCUAAAGUAUGACAAAAGCAAUGACAGACAUUUAAUUAGCUUGCCUUUCAUUGAUGGUUUGCUUCUAGUUCCUGACAACAUCAGAAUAACACUUGCAAGCAUGGGAGAAACCCUGAGGAAUUACAUCAACAGAGAAGGGAUUGCUUCCAAAAUUGAAAUCUUAUCCCAGCAUGUUAGUGACUUUGUGUCUAAUUCAAACUUUGAGAGCAGAGCUGUGCAGCUGAAACAUACCUUGAUAACUCUAUUCCAGGACUUUGCAUUAAAGCUGGAAAAUCUGGUGGACUCUCGGAUUGAUGCACUUGUGAAGCUAGUGAGAGAUUUAGGCAACCGUUUCAGUGAGGCAUUGGAAUUAACUGAAAAUGUAGUACCAAAGCACAUUAGUUCUUCGAUAGUUUCCAUCACUGAGAAGGUUAAAAUAUUUCUUAGCUCGAUCACCACCCGAAGUUACACAAAGCUGAAUGAGAUCUUCCAUCCUGCCGUUGCUCUUCAGAUUCCUCCAGUUUCAACAGCUCUUCUAAUGCCAUCUUUUGGAAAGCUAUAUGGUGAGGUCACAUUCAGCAGCCCUGUAUACAACGUCAGAACCUCUGCAGCGUUCAAGAACGCCUCAGAGAGACACCCUCUGUUCACAGCUUUUGUUCACUCUAAAGGAACCUCCCAGACACAUGACAUAUUGAAUUACAAUCUAGAUUCCACUGCACAGAUAUCUAUGCUUGAGAUGAGUCCUGUUACAGUGUCUGAAACUCUCAAGUUAACACACGUUUAUUUGAGUUUAGACCAACAGGCUUUAUCAACAUUGAAUGGCUCUUCUUUUAACAACGCUAGUUCUUCAUCUUUCUCUCUUGAAACUUUAUACAAACACCAGGUGAAAAUCCCCUCACGGUCUUUGUCUGGUGAAGUAACCCUGGUUCAGAACGCUAUAGCUUUCCAGGAUGGCGCUGAAAUCACCCUGACAGUAAAAAAUUCAGGAUCUAGCAAAUUUACUCUUGAAGACUUCUCUGAAGAAGGCACCCUUAAGAGUGACCUGCAUUUUAACAUGGGCCUUAGCACGGCCAAGCUGACUUUCACAGGCCGCACUGACAGCGCACAUUUGCAGAUGAAAAUGAAGGUGAACGCUGAUGCUGUUGCCCUAAGCCACAUUGAAUUUAAUGCUCGUGUUGAAUCAGAGUCGCCGUUUAUCGAGAACAGUUUGCUGGUUGCUUCUGGAAAGGCUUGCUUCAGUGAUUUGAGUAUAGAAAUCAAAGCAGCCCAUGACACUGAGCUUGUUGGACCUGUCAGCGGUGUCCUCUCUAACACUGCUAACAUCAUGACUCGUCCUUGCACGGUUGAUAUUCACUUUCAGAACAAGGGUAAUGCCAAGAUCAAACUCUAUGAGUCUUUGUUAACAACUGUUGAUCUCCAGAAUGACUACACUUUUAUUUUCAACCCUGACCUACAAGAAUUUAGCACUGUGGCAGUUGCCUCUUUCGACCAUUUCAACUACAGCCAUAACUUCACAGCCAACAAUAACGAAGCAGAGAUGGGUAUUUACACUGUUGGGAACAGUGUGGCCAGCUUUGAGUUCUUAAAUGCUGCAGAAAUGUUUGUGCCAACCAUUUUCAAGAUUCCAGCUGUCAAAAAGCUGAAACUGAAUCAUGACCAACCCAUUGAGCUAAAUGCCGAAUUCAUCUACCAGAAGAGUGGGUUUGCUUUUUUACUGGGCAACAUGGUCUCUAAGGUGUCUUUAAAGUCAUCUAUUGUCAACAUUAGUGCAAAUACAGGUAUUUAUCCAAAUGAUUGCUUGAUGCAUGUUAGUGCCACAACUGAUUCUGUGUUUCAGGAAUUGAAUUCGAAGCUUGAUGGAUCCACUAGCCUGACCACAAAAAGUGGACUGAAACUGGCCUCUUCUUUGUCUAUGGAGAAUGCUCACAUUGAGAGCAAUCAUAACAGCAUUGUGACUCUGGAAGACAACUUGGAGGCUGUGUUAUCUGUGGACACUGUUGCUAAGAUUCACACAACAGGCUUCACUGUUAAUGCCGCGCAUCAACUUUCCGCUGACACCAAGGUCCAUCCAAAGGCAGAAUCAAACUUGACAAUCAAGUACACCUUCAAUCAGCCAGACUCAGAGGUUGCUGGACACGGAGAUGCUAAGAAUACCUUGAAGCUGGAUGCAACUCUUUCCUAUUUCACCUUUGAGUCUGUAAGCCAAAUCACCUCCAAUUCUACAUCUCCUGAUGGUGUCACAAUGAAUGGAACAUUGGAUAAUGAAGCUAACAUCUCUGUGAAGGGUGAUGGUCUGAAAUCCAGUCUGAAGACCACUGGAAAUGGAUGCAUUGGCUUUACAUAUUCCAAGCUGUGUUUUAACAUUGAUGACCAGCUGACCGUGGAGGGAGAACUUGACCGGAUGUAUUCUUUGCUAGAAAUUAAUUCAAACUAUACAUUAAUUGCUGGCGAAGAUUAUGACCUUGCAAUAAAUCACACUGCUCAUGGUAAAACUGAUCUUGUUCCCCUGAGCACCAUCAUGGCUGCUGUAGACAUAUUCCUGACUCAGCCAAGUUAUACUGAUUUCAAUGUAAGAUAUAAAGACAUAUUUUUUUCAUCAGACAGGUUUGCUUUCAAAAUAGAUUCUUUCUCUCGUUGGUACAAUUCAAGUGCAGUGAUAUCAGUAGAGCAUUUUAAUGAUUUACCUGGUUUACCUAAUUUACCUGAUUUACCUGAUUUGGUUGUGUAUGAGUGCUCUUACAAUCUCACUUCUCCAUCUAUGCUUUUAGAGUAUCAGGGUGGCUUGCAUAUAAUUCCUGUUUACCACAAUUAGUUAUUGUUAAAAACAAGAAAAUGUAUUGAACUACAUUGGUCUUUAUUUACUGUAUGCUUGCUGCCCUUAGACCACAUAAUCACAGACAAGUAGAGCCAAUACAUUUAAAAGUCAUUCUCAAGCACAAUGAUGGAAGCAUAUUAGUCAUUAUUAUGCUGAGGAUGAAGAUAUAAAGCCAUGAAAUAUUGCUUGUCCCAAUCAACAGUAAGGAAACAAUCCUUUACUGAAGAAAAAAAAACCUACUACAUUAAAUUAAAUUUUU